GAGGUAUCAGCUGGCGGCAGGAGGAGAGCGACGAGGAGGAGCGGAAGAAGAGACGGCAAACCUACGUUGCAGGCGACCAUUCCUUCACUGCUGGUGUCCUUUCACUGCUAGCCACCUGCAGAAAACGGUCCUUUCCUAUUUUUUUUCUCCCCACGACUGAAGGUGUCCAAUAUGUCUGGGAUCUAAUAUCUCCGGAGAAACAGAGGAAUAUCAGAAUACCUUAGUGGAUGUGGACAACUAAACUGUCGACAUGGAAAAGAUAGUGAAUUUAUUCGUUUCACUUCUCCUGGUUUUAUGGGGAUGCGCGCUUGGAGGCUCGCCCAGUGUUCAGAUUGGGGGACUUUUCCAAGGGGCGCGGAUCAAGAAUACAGCGCGUUUCGGAUAGGAAUGGUUCAGUUUGGCACCUCGGAAUUCAGACUGACGCCUCACAUUGACAAUUUGGAAGUGGCAAACAGUUUCGCUGUUACCAAUUGUUUCUGUUCACAGUUCUCUAGAGGAGUGUAUGCCAUUUUUGGAUUCUAUGACAAGAAGUCUGUAAACACCAUCACCUCGUUUUGUGGGACGCUACAUGUCUCCUUCAUAACACCCAGCUUCCCUCUGGAUGGAAGUCAUCAGUUCAUUAUCCAGAUGCGACCAGAUAUCAAGGGCCCCCUCCUCAGCCUUAUUGAGUACUACAAGUGGGACAAGUUUGCCUAUCUCUACGACAGUGAUCGAGGCCUGACAACACUGCAAAUUGUUCUGGACACUGCAGCAGAGAAAAAGUGGCAGGUAACUGCCAUCAAUGUGGGAAACCUUAAAGAUGAGAGAAAGGAUGAGGCCUACCGCUCACUGUUCCAAGAUCUGGAGAACAAAAAAGAGAGGAGGGUGAUACUGGACUGUGAACAGGAUAAAGUGAAGGACAUUAUGGAACAGGUCAUCACAAUUGGCAGACAUGUUAAAGGCUACCACUACAUUAUAGCCAAUCUGGGUUUCAUUGAUGGAGACCUGUCCAAAAUUCAGUAUGGUGGAGCAAAUGUUUCAGGCUUUCAGAUUGUUGAUUUUGAUGACCCCUUGGUUUCCAAAUUUGAUCAGCGAUGGGAGGCACUAGAAGAAAAAGAAUAUCCUGGAGCUGACAGCAAAAUAAGGUAUACAUCUGCGCUGACCUAUGACGCCGUUCAGGUGAUGACAGAAGCUUUCCGAUACCUUCAUAAACAACGCAUUGAUUUUACCAGGAGGGCCAACACUGGUGACUGCUUGGCUAAUCCUGCUGUGCCGUGGGCUCAGGGUGUGGAGAUUGAGCGAGCACUGAAACAGGUUCGAGUGGAAGGCCUGACAGGAAACAUCCAGUUUGACCAGCAUGGCAAGAGAGUCAAUUACUCAGUGAAUAUAAUGGAAUUAAAGAGUAAUGGUCCUGUAAAAAUUGGAUACUGGAAUGAAAUGGAUAAAAUGGCUGUCACCAAAUCAGAUGUCUUUACAAAUGACACAACAGGAAUGGAAAACAAAACCGUUAUUGUGACCACCAUUUUGGAAGCUCCGUAUGUAAUGCUGAAAAAGAACGCUGACCUUUUUGUAGACAAUGAGCGCUACGAGGGUUACUGUGUAGAUCUUGCUGCUGAGAUAGCGAAGCACUGUGGCUUCAAAUAUCAACUGAAAAUAGUGGGGGAUGGAAAAUAUGGAGCAAGAGAUGCAGAGACCAAAAUCUGGAAUGGGAUGGUUGGAGAGUUGGUAUAUGGGAAAGCAGACAUCGCAGUGGCUCCUCUGACCAUCACAUUGGUGCGAGAGGAAGUGAUUGACUUCUCCAAACCUUUCAUGUCACUGGGCAUUUCCAUCAUGAUCAAGAAGCCUCAGAAGUCCAAGCCUGGAGUUUUCUCAUUCUUGGAUCCAUUGGCUUAUGAGAUUUGGAUGUGUAUAGUUUUUGCUUACAUUGGUGUCAGCGUGGUGCUGUUCCUCGUCAGCCGCUUCAGCCCCUAUGAGUGGCACACUGAGGAGUAUGAAGACGGGCAGAUCCAGACCAAUGAGUCUACUAAUGAGUUUGGCAUAUUCAACAGCCUGUGGUUCUCCCUUGGAGCCUUUAUGCGACAAGGCUGUGACAUCUCUCCUAGAUCUCUGUCUGGACGCAUCGUUGGUGGCGUGUGGUGGUUUUUCACCUUAAUCAUCAUUUCUUCCUACACUGCUAACCUGGCUGCUUUUCUGACGGUUGAAAGAAUGGUUUCUCCCAUUGAAAGUGCCGAGGACCUGGCUAAACAGACUGAGAUAGCUUAUGGGACUCUGGACUCUGGCUCCACAAAAGAGUUUUUUAGGCGCUCAAAGAUUGCCCUUUUUGACAAAAUGUGGACAUACAUGCGUGGUGCAGAGCCCUCUGUGUUUGUGAAAACCACAGCAGAGGGGGUUCAGAGGGUCCGCAAGUCCAAGGGGAAGUAUGCCUAUCUUCUAGAGUCCACCAUGAAUGAGUACAUCGAGCAGCGAAAACCCUGCGACACCAUGAAGGUGGGAGGAAACCUAGACUCCAAGGGCUACGGAAUCGCCACACCGAAAGGAUCCUCAUUAAGAAAUGCGGUUAACCUCGCAGUACUAAAACUGAAUGAGCAAGGCCUGUUGGACAAAUUGAAAAACAAAUGGUGGUACGACAAAGGAGAGUGCGGCAGCGGGGGAGGUGAUUCCAAGGAGAAGACGAGCGCCCUCAGCCUGAGCAACGUGGCUGGGGUCUUCUACAUUCUGGUCGGAGGACUCGGUUUGGCCAUGCUGGUGGCCUUGAUUGAGUUCUGUUACAAGUCCAGAGCCGAGGCGAAACGAAUGAAGGUGGCAAAGAAUGCACAGAAUAUUAACCCAACUUCCUCGCAGAAUUCACAGAAUUUUGCAACUUAUAAGGAAGGUUACAACGUAUAUGGGAUCGAAAGUGUAAAAAUUUAGGGGAUGACCUUUGGGGAUGCCAUGAGGAAUAAAGCAAGACUUUCCGUCACAGGGAGUACUGGGGAGAAUGGUCGGGUGAUGACUCCAGAGUUUCCUAAAGCUGUCCACGCCGUCCCUUAUGUGAGACCUGACAUGGGACUGAACGUCAGCCUGACAGAUCUGUCCUGAUCAAUGCGAAACUUCUGAGUGCCUUACAAUGGUUUCAAUAGAGCGUUUUAUUUUUUUCUUUGUUUUUCUUUUUUUCCUUUUUGUCCUCGCCUCCUUUUGUUUCGGUUCUUUUCUUUUUGUCUGUGUGGUGAAAAAAGGAAAGAUAAGAGAUGGAGACUUCAUUUUGCCAAUCACAAAGACUUGUAUUGUUGCUCUCUGUCUCUAUUUCUCACCUUAUAAAACGCCUACCUUUGUGGCUGGAAUU